AUGAAACAUGGGAUACCUCUGAACAAAAAGGGCAAGAAAUUUUCGAGUGGGAAAAUCAGUGAAAUGUUGGAGGGACUCAACAAACAUCAUGACAGCAUCUCAUUACCAUCAGCUUCAACAGCCCAUUCUUACAAGCAUAAACGCUCAUCAAAUACUCCUUCCAUUAAAGACACAAAAGAAGCUGUGCCCGAAACCCUGUGUGAGGAAGGGCAAACUGUGAUGAGCACCAUACCUCCAUUAGUUUUAAAGCAAGCACUGGCAGAAUUAUUUCCACCAAAAAUACUAAAUCCAUCAGAAACAAUUACAGCAGCAUCAACAACAACAACAACAAAAGCAGCAGCGUCUUCAUCAACAGCAGAGCCACCUCUGAUACCAGCAGCAGCAUCAAUGGUAGCUGGACAAACUCCUGCAGCAGUAUCUCCACCAAAAGCAACAGUAAAUGCAGAACAGCUCCAACAACUGCAGAGCUAG